AUGGCCCGGGUGUCGGCAAUGGAAGCCGUCGGGCGGAUGAAGAUGCAACCAACACCUCACUCCCCCAGCCGUCGCAUCCUCUUUUCCGACAUGGUCCUGCACCAGAUACUGGAUGCCCUGAUUGCGGCAACCACGCUUUCGCUACGGUACUCAUCAAUCCUCUUUGUGCGAUUCUAUCCGAUUGCCCGGUACUUGCCCAGGAUCUAUUCCACGUUUGCUGCAUAUGCUCUGUUGGCUCUUGUGCAGCUGCAUCUCACCCGCAGACGUGCACGCAGCACACGACGGCAUCCUGUCUUGGUUGUCCUCCUAGGCUGGGUCGACGUGAAAAGACCCUUGCUCUCUGCUUUGAACGCCCUAGCCAAUAUCCUCUGCGUCUUCGGCGCACUAGACUUCGUCUACAGGGCUCAUUACUUCCACCAGAGUCAUGAUUUGUCCUUCUCCCGCAUGGGAUACACCACCUCCACAUCCGCCAGCAUCGUCAUCCGGGCCCCCAAUUCACCUGCGGUAGAGAUAAGCGCAAGGCCGGGUUUCGCGGCGCCGGGCGACUCGACAUCCGUCGUCAUCGAUGGCCUCUCGGAAGAGACCGACUGGGUGGGAACAGCAACGUUGGACAACCUACUGCCCGAUACACCAUACGUAUACACCACCAACGCCAGCCACGCCGGCUUCUUCAAGACGCCCAAGCAGCACCCGAAAAGGUGGACCAUGGUCCAGACGAGCUGCAUCAAGCCCUUCUACCCCUACCAUCCGGCAGACCACGCCCUCAGCAUCAAGGGGCUCGAACACCUGGGCCGAUACCUGAGCAGCCGGAGCGUCGAGUUCAUGCUGUUCCUGGGCGACUUCAUCUACAUCGACCUCCCCUACCCGCUCGGCUGGACGCAGCAGCACUACACCGACCUGUACCGCCAGGCGUACGCGUCGCCGAGCUGGACGCCGGCGCUGCGGGCGCUGCCGUGGCUGCACGUCUACGACGACCACGAGUUCGCCAACGACUGGUCCGCCAACGAGACGGGGCUGUACCGCGCCGCCGUGGCGCCGUACUGGCACUACCAGGGCCGCGCGAACCCGCCGUCGUCGGCGUCGUACUAUACGUUCGCGCACGGCGACGUCGCCUUUUUCGUGCUCGACACGCGCCGGUACCGCUCGCCGUCGGACCAGCCGGAUGGGCCCGGCAAGACCAUGCUGGGGCCUGCCCAGCUGGCCCACCUGCGCGAGUGGCUGCGGGAGGAAUCCAGGUGGAAGGUGGUGGUGAGCAGUGUGCCCUGGACUCGGACCUGGGUCAGUCCGGACGAGGGGGAUCGGUGGGCCGGCUACCUGCAUGAGCGGGAGGUGAUCUACGAGUGGAUGAGGGAGACGGACGGGGUGCUUCUGCUCAGCGGCGAUCGACAUGAACACACGACCACCAUCUUCUCUGCUCCCUCUGGCGACGGGAAAACUCUCAUCGAGUUCUCCACUUCGGCCCUGAACCAGUUCCACGAGCCGUUUGAUCGCUUUCACGUCGCCGCCAAUGGCCACGACCAUGCCGUGUACAACCACUACAGAGGCAACUCCAAGUUUGCCUCGAUAUCAUUCGACACGACGGAUCCGAUGCGCUGGAGGGUGAAUUUCGACCUCGUCGUGGAUGGGGAAAAGGUCUGGGAGUACGAGUGGGAGUUCCAGAAGGCAACCAACUUGCGCGAGGAUUAG